AUGGGCCUCGCAUACAGAGGAGUGCUCAGCCUGCUCUUCCUGGCAGUUGGCACGCUGGCGGUCUGUUUGGAGGCACAGGCACCCGCCACAACUUUCACCAACAUGCAGCAGCAGCAGCAGCAGGUGGCUCAAGGCCCUGCCACCACUUUCACCAACAUGGCCCAACAGGUAGCACAGGCAUCAGCAUUCCCCAACACCCCAGGGUCAGUGAAAAGCCCGCCUGCCCAGGCAUCCACUCAGCUGCAGUCAGCCGGCAACAGCAAUGGCGCUUCAAACCAGGCACAGAACUCUCAGGCCCAGCAGAAUGACUGGGCGCCCAAGGCAGCGCCUGCAGCACAGACAUGGCAGCCGACCGCGCAGAACAACUGGCAGGCCCCUAGCGGCCAGGCCGCUGCGCAAUCAUCCAACACCCAGCAGCAGCAGCAGCCGCAGCAGCCGGGCAACCCCAACAUGCCACCCCAGCCACCCCAGCUUCCCGCGAACGGCCCACAGCAGCCGAACCCGCAGGGCACCAUCAACACGAUCGGAUCAGUGGUGCAGGCGGCCGGCAGCCUCGCGAGCGCGCAGCAGGCGCUGACUAGCGCCGGCUCGGCCGCCGGCACCGGCGACAUCCUGCAGACCGUCGGCCAGGCCGCGCAGGCCAUGCAGGCGGUGCAGAGGGCAGCAGGCGAUGUGGGCAACGCUCAGAAGUCAAUCCAGACCAACGGCGCGUACGUGGCAUCUCCCAUUCCCCAGGCAACCCCCUCACCGCCCACCGUUAACAUCAAUGUUCCCGGCCUCGGGGGCAACGGGGGAACCCAGGGACCCCCCGGCAUCAGCUACGCUGCCCCUGCCACCCAGGGCUCACAGGCGGCCGCGCAGCCCGCCGACCCUCUGGCAGCCAUCGGCUCCGCGCUUGCGCAGGCGGCUUUCGGCGGCGGCUUGAGCCAGCCGGCGGCGGCAAACGUCGCCUCGUUGCAGGACAAGAGCGCCGCCAACCAGCAUUCUGGCUGA